AUGCACACGGCCGGAUAUGUUCACGGAGACUUGCUUCCUCGAAACGUCCUGUUUGGCAAGAAGAAUAGUGGCUUUUUGAUAGACUUUGACCUUUUGAGAAAGGAAAACAAGCCAUACGUCAGAGGUUUCAAUUUUGCUGAUUUUGAAGACUUUCGUCAUCCCGAUGCAAAGCCUUGCAAACAGAUGAAAAAGAUCCAUGACGUUCAUUCACUUUACCAAAUCAGCCAUUACUUUUUUGAUUUAAGCAAAAAGCCAAUACAAGAGGGGAUCACCUUGAAAGGUCUCAUUGCGCAUUUUAAAGCCAAUGAGAAGCUUCCAGUGAAUGCCGUAGAGGAGAGCAAGGACUCAAGUGGCAGUCCAAACAGGUAG